AUGGUUUAUUGGACUCUUUGGGGNUCCAAGGGGGGCUGUGGCUCCUGUGGGGGAUCCAAGGGGGGCUGUGGCUCCUGUGGGGGCUCUAAGGGGGGCUGUGGCUCCUGUGGGAGAUCCAAGGGGGGCUGUGGCUCUUGUGGCUGCUGCCAGUACAGCUGCUGUAAGCCUUGCUGUUCCUCCUCAGGCUGUGGGUCAUCCUGCUGUCAGUCCAGCUGCUGCAAGCCCUGCUGCUGCUCCUCAGGCUGUGGGUCAUCCUGCUGUCAGUCCAGCUGCUGUAAGCCCUGCUGUUCCUCCUCAGGCUGUGGGUCAUCCUGCUGUCAGUCCAGCUGCUGCAAGCCCUGCUGCUGCUCCUCAGGCUGUGGGUCAUCCUGCUGCCAGUCCAGCUGCUGUAAGCCCAGCUGCUGCUCCUCAGGCUGUGGGUCAUCCUGCUGUCAAUCUAGCUGCUGCAAGCCCUGCUGUUCCCAGUCCAGCUGCUGUGCCCCCGUGUGCUGCCAGUGCAAGAUCUGAGGUUCUAGUGGGAACUCUCAGGUAGCUCCUGAAGAUCUGUUCUUCCCAACAAGUGACUACACCUGACACAUAUCCUCUUCCGGAGCUGGACAAUGAGUUCCCUGCUCAGGGCUUCUUUUUCCAGCCCUUGAGGAAAUGGAAUGAAACCCACCCUGCCUGUUCCCUAUAAGAUAAGGCACCUCAUGUCACUGGCACUCUUGCCCCUCCUUCCCAUGUGCCCCCAUAUGUCUGAGCCAGACUGCACCUGGACACGACCCUCAUGUCAAGGAGGCACCUGGAAUUCCCAUUCCUGAUAAUUCUGUGGGACAGAGCAAACCUUUCUUUCCUGUGUCUGCCAGGAGUUCCAUGGCAUUUGCUGAUGGAUGUCCUGUAACCAGAAUGAUCACGUGUAUCUAUGAAAAUCCAAAAUGGAUCUGGGUGCAGCACUCAAUAAAGUCUCCCCCACCUC